CCGUGCUGCUCCGCAGAUGGAGGAUCCCAUCCAGCUGAAAGAGGAAGGCAAUAAAUACUUCCAGGCCAGCGACUACGAGAAAGCCGUGCAAAGCUACACGCGGGCGCUGAAGCUCAACAAGGACAAGGCGCUGCAGGCCGUGCUGUACAGGAACAGGGCCGCGUGUUUCCUGAAGAAGGAGGAAUACGGCAAGGCAGCCUCGGACGCGUCUCGAGCUAUUGAUAUCAAUGCUUUGGAUAUCAAAGCCUUGUUCCGGCGCAGCCAGGCUCUGGAAAAGUUGGGGAAGUUGGACCAAGCAUUCAAAGAUGCUCAGAAAUGUGCCACCAUGGAGCCCCGCAACAAAAGCUUCCAGGAGACCCUGAGGCGACUGGGAGCUGACAUCCAGGAGAAGCUGCGCAUUCAGUUCUCCACCGACAUGCGGGUGCAGAAGAUGUUUGAAAUUUUGCUGGAUGAGAACAGUGAGAAAGAAAAGCGUGAAAAGGCUGCAAACAACCUCAUAGUCCUCGGGCGGGAGGAAGCGGGUGCAGAGAGGAUAUUCCAGAACAACGGGGUCCACUUGCUGCUGCAGCUGAUAGAAACCAAAAAUCCUGAGAUGAUCCUGGCAGCUGUGAGGACACUUUCCGGCAUGUGCAUAGGACAUAAAGCUCGAGCCACUGCAAUCCUCCAUUACCUGGGCAUCGACAGCAUUUGUACGUGGAUGUCGAUAGACAACGAAGAAAUCUCCCUGGCUGUCUGCAACCUCCUGCAGAGCAUCGUUGACUGCUUGAUGGGGCAGGGGAAAGAGGAGCAUCACGGCAAGGAGGCAGCCAUGGUGUUAGAUACUAAAAAAGAUUUGAGGAUGAUUACAACACGUUUGCUGGAUAUGUUGGUCAGUAAGAGUGUAUCUGGGCAAGGACGAGACCGAGCUCUCAACCUCCUCAACAAGAACAUACCAAGGAAGGAUCUGAAGGAACAUGACAACAGUAGGACCAUUUUUGUCAUCGACAAUGGCUUAAAAAAGAUACUGAAGGUAGUGGGCCAGAUUCCCGAGAUGCCUGACUGCCUGCCCUUAACAGAGAACACCCAGCUGACUGCGUCCGUCCUCCUGAAUAAACUCUACGACGACCUGCGCUGCGAUCCAGAGCGUGACAAUUACCGGGUGAUCUGUGAAGAGUACAUCAAGAGCAAAAUCGACCCUCAGAACAUGGAUAAGACGCUCCACGCCAUCCAGAUAGUAUCUGGAGUGCUGCAAGGGCCCUUUGACUUGGGCAACAAGCUGCUAGGCAUGAAGGGAGUCAUGGAGAUGAUGGUUGCUCUGUGUGGGUCUGAGAGGGAGAUUGACCAGCUCGUGGCUGUGGAAGCCCUCAUCCACGCCUCCACCAAACUGAGCCGGGCCACCUUCAUCAUCUCCAACGGGGUGACACUCCUGAAGGAGAUCUACAAGAAGACCAAGAAUGAGAAGAUCAAAAUUCGAGCGCUGGUGGGUCUCUGCAAAUUGGGCUCAGCAGGAGGCACAGAUUAUGGACUACGGCAGUUUGCUGAGGGGUCCACUGAAAAGCUAGCCAAGCAGUGUCGAAAGUGGCUGUGCAACGCCAGCAUUGAUACCCGCACCAGGAAGUGGGCCGUGGAAGGGCUGGCCUAUCUGACCCUCGAUGCAGACGUGAAAGAUGACUUUGUUGAGGAUGAGCCAGCUCUGCAAGCUAUGUUUGAAUUAGCCAAGACAAGUGAUAAGACUAUCCUGUAUUCUGUGGCUUCUGCAUUAGUGAAUUGUACCAACAGCUACGAUACGAAGGAGCUGGUCCCAGAGCUGGUGCAGCUGGCAAAAUUCUCCAAGCAGCACGUGCCUGAGGAGCAUCCAAAGGACAAGAAGGAUUUUGUCAUGAAGCGGGUGAAGCGACUGUUGAAAGCUGGAGUCGUGUCUGCCUUGGCCUGCAUGGUGAAGGCAGACAGCGCCAUCCUGACGGACCAGAGCAAGGAGCUCAUAGCCAGAGUGUUCCUUGCCUUGUGUGAAGACCCCAAGGACCGUGGAACGAUAGUCGCUCAAGGUGGUGGAAAGGCCCUGAUACCCCUGGCUUUGGAAGGCACAGAUGUGGGCAAGAUAAAGGCUUCCCAUGCGCUAGCAAAAAUUGCUGCCAUCUCCAAUCCAGACAUUGCAUUCCCAGGGGAGAGGGUGUACGAGGUGGUGAGGCCCCUUGUGAGCCUCCUGAACACAGAGAGGGAUGGCCUUCAGAAUUACGAAGCUCUCCUGGGUCUCACUAACUUUUCAGGAAGAAGUGAUAGACUUAGGAUGAAGAUAGUCAAAGAGAGGGCCUUGCCAGACAUUGAAAACUACAUGUUUGAGAAUCAUGACCAACUUAGGCAGGCAGCCACAGAGUGUAUGUGCAACCUGGUGGUCAACAAGGAGAAGGAGCAUUUCAUAAAUGUUCUCUGGUGGGGUUUUUUUUUUUCCCGGCUGAAGUUGGUGGUGUUACUGUGUGGUGAAGAUGAUGAGAAAGUGCAGACUGCAGCUGCAGGAGCUUUGGCCAUGCUUACAGCUGCACAAAAGAAACUCUGCUCCAAGAUGACUGAAGUGACAACCCAGUGGCUUGAAAUCCUGCAGAGGCUCUGCUUGCAUGAUAACAUGGAAGUGCAGCACCGUGGAUUGGUCAUAGCUUUCAAUUUAAUAAGUGCUGACAAAGAACUGGCAAAGAAGCUGGUGGAGACAGAGCUCCUAGAGAUCCUAACCUUCAUUGGCAAGCAAGCAGAUGACCCCAAGAGGCAGCACAUCAUUAACGUGGCACGUGAUUGCCUGGCAAGGUGCAUGGAUUAUGGGCUAAUCAAACCUCUCUCUCAGUCAUAAGGAAAUGCACCAAAAAAGC